GGCUAGAGGCCGGAUCUCGGUUUCCUUGGCUACGACGGAGAAGGGCGGGAGGGGGGUGAGGAAAAAAAGGGCCGGUCCCUUCUUAUGUCGCGGCGGCGGCGGCAGUAGCAGCAGCAGCACCAGCGCUGAGGGGAUGGCACAGAGCCGGGCCUAGCGAGGCAGCUGCCGCCAUGAGCGGAGUAGCGGUUGGCGGCCAGGGAAGGAGCGACGGCGGAGGAGGAGGCGGCGGCGACUCUGCAGGCCGCUGGGCUGGCUGGAAACUGCUGGCCUUGGGCCUCCUCUCCGCGUCCUCGGUGCUGGCGGCAGCCCCGGCCGCGCAAGCCAUGGGCAGGGAGGAGAAGCGGCGCCUCGGGAAUCAAGUAGUGGAAAUGUUUGAUCAUGCCUAUAGUAAUUACAUGGAACAUGCCUACCCAGCCGACGAGCUCAUGCCUUUAACUUGCCGUGGAAGAGUUCGUGGUCAAGAACCAAGUCGUGGAGAUGUGGAUGAUGCCUUGGGAAAGUUUUCACUGACACUGAUUGAUACUUUGGACACUCUUGUGGUGUUAAAUAAAACCAAAGAGUUUGAAGAGGCUGUCAAAAAAGUGAUCAGAGAUGUUAAUUUAGACAACGACAUUGUAGUAUCAGUGUUUGAAACUAACAUAAGAGUCCUUGGAGGUCUUUUAGGUGGGCACUCAGUAGCAAUCAUGCUGAAAGAGAAGGGCGAAGACAUGCAAUGGUACAACGGAGAACUUCUGCACAUGGCAAAACAGUUGGGCUACAAGCUUUUGCCAGCUUUUAACACCACCAGCGGUCUUCCAUAUCCACGAGUUAACUUAAAAUUUGGUGUAAGGAGUCCAGAAGCUCGAACAGGAACAGAGACUGACACUUGUACAGCUUGUGCAGGUACCUUGAUCUUGGAGUUUGCUGCUCUGAGCCGCUUCACAGGAGCAUCAAUAUUUGAGGAAUAUGCACGGAAGGCACUUGAUUUUCUUUGGGAGAAAAGGCAACGCAGCAGCAACUUGGUGGGAGUCACAAUUAAUAUUCAUACGGGUGAUUGGGUCCGCAAAGAUAGUGGUGUUGGAGCAGGUAUAGAUUCAUAUUACGAAUAUUUAUUAAAGGCUUACGUCUUGCUUGGAGAUGACAGUUUUCUGGAAAGAUUUAACACGCAUUAUGAUGCCAUAAUGAGAUACAUUAGCCAACCGCCUCUCCUGCUUGAUGUGCACAUACACAAACCAAUGCUUAAUGCUCGGAGCUGGAUGGACUCUCUACUAGCCUUUUUCCCUGGUUUGCAGGUCUUGAAAGGUGAUAUCAGACCAGCUAUAGAAACUCACGAGAUGCUGUAUCAGGUGAUAAAAAAGCAUAACUUUCUUCCAGAGGCUUUCACAACAGACUUCCGGGUUCAUUGGGCUCAACAUCCUUUAAGGCCAGAAUUUGCAGAGAGUACCUAUUUCUUGUAUAAAGCUACUGGAGAUCCUUACUACCUAGAAGUAGGAAAAACACUAAUUGAAAACUUAAAUAAAUACGCUCGUGUACCUUGUGGAUUUGCUGCUAUGAAGGAUGUUCGUACUGGAAGCCAUGAAGACAGAAUGGAUUCUUUCUUCCUGGCUGAAAUGUUUAAAUAUUUAUACCUGCUCUUUGCUGAUAAGGAAGACCUGACUUUCGAUAUAGAAGACUAUAUCUUUACCACAGAAGCUCAUUUGCUACCUCUCUGGCUAUCUACUGCAAACCAAACGGCCCCUAGGAAAAAUAUUACUACAGAAUACACAGAAUUGGAUGAUAGCAACUUUGACUGGACAUGCCCCAACACUCAGAUCCUCUUUCCAAAUGACCCAAUGUAUGCUCAGAGCAUCAGGGAACCUCUGAAAAAUGUUGUGGACAAGAGUUGUCCUAGGGGUGUUUCCAGAGCGGAAGAGAGUUUGGGCACCGGACCAAAGCCCCCCCUGAGAGCCAGGGAUUUCAUGGCCAGUAAUCCUGAGCAUUUAGAGAUCCUAAAGAAGAUGGGAGUCAGCUUGAUUCACCUCAAAGAUGGAAGAGUCCAGCUGGUGCAACAUGCUAUUCAAGCAGCAAGCUCACUCGAUGCGGAGGAUGGUCUACGGUUCAUGCAAGAAAUGAUUGAGUUGUCCAGUCAACAGCAAAAAGAGCAGCAGCUACCUCCUCGUGCGGUUCAAAUUGUUUCCCACCCGUUCUUUGGCAGAGUGGUUUUGACAGCUGGGCCUGCGCAGUUUGGAAUGGAUCUCUCCAAACACAAAUCAGGGGCAAGAGGAUUUGUUGCAGUCAGUAAACCAUAUAAUGGAUGCUCUGAGAUCACCAACCCUGAAGCGCUGAAGGAUAAAAUUGCUUUGAUGCAAAGAGGGCAGUGCAUGUUUGCUGAAAAGGCACGGAACAUCCAAAAAGCUGGGGCUAUAGGUGGCAUUGUUAUUGAUGACAAUGAAGGAAGCAGCAGCGACACAGCUCCUCUCUUCCAGAUGGCAGGCGAUGGCAAGAAUACAGACGACAUCACUGUGCCAAUGCUGUUUCUCUUCAACAAGGAAGGCAGUAUUAUCCUUGAUGCCAUCCAGGAAUAUGAAGCUGUAGAAGUGCUGCUUUCUGACAAAGCAAAAGACAGAGCAACUAUAUUUAAAGAUAAAAUGAUUCCAAACUACAUUAUUGAUAGCAAUUUAGAAAUGGAAAGCAUGGAUCAGAAGUCAUCUGAUAAUGAUUCUCAUAACCAGAGGUCAGAAGAGAUUUCAGCAGAUUUGAACUUGGUCAGUCAAGACCCAGAAGGAGAAGUUGGGCUGGAGUCACCUGCAGAGUUGGGCAGCAAUAGUGUUUCCCUUAUGGACCAGGAAUCCUGUAUCCCUAAACUCCAGGAAACUAAUAAACUCCAAGAAACUAGUAGUCAAGCAUCAGACUUGGAAAAUCACCCCGAGGAACAAUCAAAGAUUGAAACUGACUCCAGUCCCACUGAUAGUUGGGAUAAUAAUAAAGGACAGUCUAUGGAAUCAAUAUUAGCUGAUUGGAAUGAAGACAUAGAAGCUUUUGAAAUGAUGGAAAAGGAUGAACUAUAACUUCUAAUAAAGUGCUUGUGGGACUACAAAGUGGUGAACUUGAUGGAGGAUAGUAAAGACCCUAGCAUCUGAAAAUUAAAAAAAGAGAGAAUUGUUCAGUAUUCUGAGGAACAGCCAGGUUCCAUUGGCAAAAGCCAGCAUGUGUUAAAAUUUGUAUUGUUUUUGUUCCCCCUGUUUUAUGGAAAAUGGGAAUGUGCAAUUGACCCAUCUGCAGGGUUCCUUUGCAUGGUGCUGUAGCACAGGAGGUUCAUUCAGGGAAUGGUUUGGAUCCCUCCUGCGUUCCACGUUGCUGUAAGUGAGCUUUGUCUAAGCCUUAGGAAGCAGAGAAUGAAUGAAACGGGGAUUUCAAUGCACCACCGAGUCUGGAUGGCUAGUUGGGGCACGGCACAUGAUGGCUACAGGCUGGCUGUUGGCGAUGAUGCUUUUUCAAGGGUCUAUACCGUAUCUCAGAAGCCUUUUUAUGGAGACAUGGCAGAAGGCACUUCAGGCUGUGGUGGCCUUUAUAGUGAGGGCAGAACAGCAGGCAGCUCUGACGUGUCCUGUGCCACUUAAUAUAGCGAGUGUGCUGUACCUCCUUUAUCACAUCUUCCAUUUAUUAUUUUGAAGAGCGACCAAGAUAACUUGGAUUUAUUAUUUUUUUAAGUUCCUAGUUCAAGUCAAGAUUGCCUUUGAUUUACAGACUAUGUGCUCGAUUAGCAAAAAAAAAGAAAUUAAAACCGCAGUUAAUUCUGAAACUUGAAUCUGAGUAAUGGGGCAUAGCCUCUUCUCUACACUCCCAUUACUUUUCUUUUGAACCUUGCACAGUGAAUCGUGAGCUAAAAUAAGCCAAACUCGCUUCCUUGCCGAUUUUCUGGGAAAGGUACCAAAUCAGAUAGUGCUGGGAUAGAAUUUAUUUCAUUUUAUAUUUUUUUUGCAACUUUAAAUCAGCCUUACAUCAGUAACAUCUCUCUAUUCCUGUAUAGAGCUUAAAUUUCUGUGCACGAAAAGGCCAGUAUGUCCAUAGGAAAGUAUGAAGUCAGUGAAAGACUGGUAUCAUGUGUAGAUU